CCGCCAGCCGCGAGCUCCUAGGCAUCCCUCCGCGCCCCGCCCGCCAUGUCCCGCCGCAGCGCGCUGCUCACCUGGGCCCUCCUCACUCUCCUCGGCCUCGGCCUCGGGGCGCCUGGAGAAGAAGCCCCAGGCUCCUGCUGCCCCAUAGUGCCCCGGAGGGAAUGGAAGGCCCCCGCGUCCAAGUGCGGGGAGAAGCUACAACACCCCGUGCGCUACGUGGUGGUGUCGCACACCGCGGGCAGCCACUGCGACAGCCCGGCCUCGUGCCUGAAGCAGGUGCAGAACCUGCAUACCUACCAUUCGAGGACGCUGAACUGGUGUGACGUGGGCUACAACUUCCUGAUUGGAGAAGAUGGGCUCGUGUAUGAGGGCCGGGGCUGGGACAUCAAGGGCGACCACACGGGUGUCACCUGGAACCCCAUGUCCAUUGGCAUCUCCUUCAUGGGUAACUAUAUGGAGCGGUCACCCCCACGCCGGGCCCUCAGGGCCGCCCAGAGUCUGCUGGCUUGCGGUGUGGCUCAGGGAGCCCUGAGCCCCACAUACGAGGUCAAAGGACACCGGGAUGUGCAGCGGACGCUCUCUCCAGGGGACCAACUCUAUGAAAUCAUCCGGACUUGGCCGCACUACCACGAGUGAGGCCCCGUCUCCCCCUACACCCAGAAACCCCACCGCCUCUCCCCUCCAAUAAAGAUGCAGCUCAAACUGUG